AUGGAAACGGUGAAAGGGUGCCUUCGUAGAGGACGUCAUCGAAAGCGGUAUCGAAGUCAGGCUAAAAAGGAAACAUGCCGAACGGAGUGUGGGCUAACACCAAUCGAAUCCAAGAGGGGGUUCACACGACGUACAGGAAGUGAAAGGAUGGCCGGAAGAGGAGUGAAGGUGAUGCCGGCUAGGAGGCAGGCAUGCGUACUACCAAUUCCAACGGGGCACAGGAAGUAUCGAUGUAUCCAAGGAGGAAAACACUAUUUAGAAAUCUAUUAGCUCAGGAAGUAUAGAUAUAUCCUAGAAGGAAAGUACAAUUUAGAAAUCUAUUUACACCUUACAAGGAAUAUUUUGUUAAUUUAUUAUCAUUAGUUGAAGCGCCAAAUUAA